CUCACCGACCGAUCGUCAGUCGACGCAAAACUGUGUGAGGAGAAUGAAGUCGAAAGUGUCUGUGAUCGUGCUGUGGAGCUCUGCGCUCAUUUGUCUCAGUCAGGCCUACACCGCGAGGCCCAGCUACUAUGGCGAUCCCGCCGCCCUGCAGGAUCCCUUCGAGGUGAUCUGCCGCUGGAAGCAACUCAGCUUCCGCGAUCCUCCGCAUGCGCCAGGAGACCAGAUCGCCGGCCAGGAUUACUACAUCCAGAAGAACAACGUGCCCACGGGCUUCUCUCGCCACACCCAGUCCAAGAGGAUUUUCAUCACAAUCCCACGCAGGAAUCCCGGCAUUUCCUCAUCCGUGAACUUCGUGUACGAGGAUGAGUGCCUGAAUGGGAGUCCCAAGCUCAGACCUUAUCCGGAUUACGUUACAAAUGAACUCGAGGCCGACUUGACGCCAAAUCCGGCGAGAAUCAUUUCGGUUUAUCGACCCACUGUGGAUGUUUGCAAUCGCCUGUGGUUCGUCGACACGGGCAUUCUUGAAUACCCGCCGGGAAAUCGCACGGUCGUGCAGAAUCCCUCAAUAUGGAUCUUCGACUUGCGCCAGAACAGGAUCUUCCGUCGCUUCACCAUUCCCGACGGUAUCUACGGAGUUGAGGGUGUGGGCCUGAUCUCACUGACUGUCGAUACUCACGCUUACAAUUGUGACGACGCUCACGCGUACAUGCCGAACCUGGAGCUGAAGAAUCUACUCGUGUACUCCCUCAGACGCAAUGACAUCUGGAGCUUCUCGCAUCCCUUCAUGCAGCCCGACACGGCGAACAUGAACUACGAAUUGGACGGACUGAAGUUUGGCUUUCCCGAUGGCAUCUUCUCAGUGGCUCUCUCGCCAGACAUCAACACGCGCGUGGCAUACUUCCAUCCACUGGCCAGUCUGCAGGAGUUCUCCGUGCCGUCGAAAGUGCUGAGGAACAAGCAAUUGUCUCCCAACAAGUACGCUCCCGGAGACUUCACUGAGUUGGGAGUGAGAGGACAGAAGUCCCAGUCAGCCAUUCACGAUGUCGAUCAGCGGGGAGUUCUCUACUACACUGAAAUCCAGACAAACUCCCUCAAGUGCUGGAACACAGCCACUCCGGUGAAGCCCGAGAACAUCGGGACUGUGUAUGAGAGUGCAGAGACUAUGAUGUACCCCAACGAUCUGGAGAUUGACAGCAUUGGUGAUAUCUGGGCCAUGUCCAAUCGCUUUCCUAUCUUCAUCUACCGUGGACUGGAUCCGGAGCAGUACAAUUUCCACAUUGUCCGUGGGAGAGGAGAUCUCGCCACUCUUAACACCGUGUGCCAUCCUGUCGACCGGGAUGCCAUCGUCUUUGAAGAUUGAUUUUGAGCCACCUGAGUGCUCCAGACGCAAGAAUACAGAAAUACAGGGACAGUAAAUUGAUUUUAGAUAAA